UCCGCUUCACCCUGCCACGCUCAAGAUGGCGACGGCGGAAGUGUAGCGAGGCGCGGAAGCCGGGUCAUGGCCGCGCCGGAAGAGCCGAGCGGCGGAACGGAGCGGGGCCGGGGGGCGGCUGGAGUGAGCCGGGAGCGGCGGGACCCCGGGGCUGCCGCCAUGUCGUGCUGUGCACAGGAUCCUGUGAGUGGGGAGAACGAGGAGGAAAGUAACGGGAUCAAUUUGAUGGAGUUCUCAGAUGAGAUCCUUCUGCACAUCCUAAGUUACGUCCCUUGCACAGACCUGGUCCUGAAUGUCAGGAAGACCUGCAGGAAGCUCGCAACACUUUGCCUCGACAAGAGUCUGACCCACACAGUUUUACUUCAGAAGGACUAUAAGGUGAACAAAGACAAAGUGAAGCAACUGAUGAGGGAUAUCGGGAAAGAGAUUUACCAGCUGAACAUGGCUGGGUGCUACUGGCUGCCCAGCUCCACUACUGACCACGUAACACGGUGCAAGAACCUGGUCAAGCUGAACUUGUCCGGGUGCCGUAUCACCUCUCUGCGUCUCUCCAAGAUGCUGUCCAUGCUGCAGCACCUGCGGUCCCUGGCCAUAGACGUGAACCCGGGCUUUGAUGCCAGUCAGCUCAGCAGUGAGUGCAAAGCCACCCUCAGCCGUGUGUCAGAGUUGAAGCAAACCCUUUACACUCCAUCAUACGGCGUUGUGCCGUGCUGCACUAGCCUUGAGAAACUGCUGCUUUAUUUUGAGAUCCUUGAUCGCUCACGAGAAGGUUUGAUGCUGUCUGGACAGCUAAUGGUGGGCGAGAGCAAUGUGCCUCACUACCAAAACCUUCGUGUCUUCUAUGCCAGGCUGGCUCCUGGCUACGUUAAUCAGGAGGUGGUGAGGCUGUACUUGGCUGUGCUGAGCGAUCGGACACCUGAGAACCUUCAUGCCUUCCUUAUUUCUGCCCCUGGUAGUUUUGCUGAGACGGGAGCCACUAAAAACCUUCUGGAUUCAAUGGCUCGAAACGUACGUCUGGAUGCUUUACAAUUGCCCAAAGCCUGGCUUAAUGGUUCUGGACUCCUGCAACACUUGAAGUUCAACAACCCUUUCUACUUCAGCUUUAGCCGAUGCACCUUAUCUGGUGGCCACCUGAUCCAGAGGGUUAUUAAUGGUGGGAAGGACCUUAAAAGCUUGACCAGUUUGAAUCUCAGCGGCUGCGUUCACUGCCUGGCUCCGGAGUCUUUGUUUCGAAGAGCAGAGGACGACAUUGACAGUAGCAUCCUGGAAAGCCUGGUAGUGUCUUGCUGCAACCUCAGACACCUCAACCUCUCUGCAGCUCAUCACCACAGCUCAGAAAGCAUAGGGAACCAUUUGUGCCAGCUCCUGUCCAGGCUGAAGCACCUGCUCUCGCUAGCACUACCCGUUUGUUCCAUCACAGAUGUUGCUGUGAGCACAGAAAAGCCUCCCACGCAGCCUAAUGCAACGCCCCAAACGUUCGGAAAGAAAACCCGUGUUGGGGUACAGACAUAUCAAAGGAACUCAGCAGACCAGACGUGCCAGAAGCUGGAAUCCUCAGUAUUCUGGACGCUGAUGAGAAGCCUCCGGUUUUUGGAAACCUUAGAAAUAAUUGGGUCCAGUUUUUCCUCCGCCAUGCCCCGCAAUGAGCCGGCAAUUCGGAACUCACUGCCUCCUUGUGUCCGAGCUCAGAGCGUGGGGGACUCGGAGGUGGCUGCCAUUAGCCAGCUGACUUAUUUGCAGAGCCUCACUUUAGCACAGCUGCCAAAUAUCGUUACCGGUUCCGGGCUCGUUAGCAUUGGAUUGCAGUGCCAGCAUUUACGGACUCUUUCGUUGGCCAACCUGGGCAUGAUGGGCAAAAUGGUCUAUAUGUCUGCUCUCAUGGACAUGCUGAAGCACUGCAGGUGUUUGAGAGAUCUCAGGCUGGAGCAGCCGUAUUUCAGCGCGGGCUCCCAGUUCUUCCAGGCCCUGAGUCACUGCUCCUCUCUCCAGCGGCUUUGCAUCGUCUCCCGGAGCGGGACUCUGCAGUCUGAUGCAGUGAUGUCAUUCAUGGCCAACUGCCUCGAGGUCAUCAUGUGCCACAUGUUUAUGGGAGAAUCUCUCACCGUCUGCAGAAAUCUCCAGCAGUCCAUCGUCCGGAGUUUCCAGGCGGAUCGCCCGGCGUUAAACGUCGUCAUUUUCCCUCUGCUUCACGAGGACUUGACAGAGGUCAUCAGAGAUGUCCCCAUGAGGCACUUGGAUGAGAUCACCUUGUUUAAAAGCAGAGUGGCCGAGGAGCCCCCCAACCUGUGGUGGUGACAGCACGGAGGGGACAGGCAGUGACAACGUGUAGGGUUGCAUCUCUUUGACCUGGAUUCCCCACCUGCAGCUCCCAGCCGCCUCCCUGGGUGCUGCACAUUCACUUUCAGUAGGUGCAGUUGCAAACUAAAAAGCAUUGGGGAAACAUCUCCUUGGAUGAUGCUUACAUCCGAGCAGCCUGUCUCAAAGGCUUCUGGAACACGCUGAGUAUUUCCUUGUGGUUAAUAAUGAAAUGCUUUAUUACUUUACUGAAGUUGAAGGUAAGAGAACCUGACUUAACGACUCUCCUUCCCCCGUGUCGCCUGGUGUAUUUCCCAAAGGCCCCUAUGUACUUUGGCAGUGUGCUUUGUGAUAUUGGUGGAAAUCAUUCUUUGCUUUGGUCUAUUUGUGGCAAAGUAGAAAAGCCUCGGACAACUGAGAGGCACAGCCGUGUGUCUCUCCAUUGAGAUGUAUCCCAUCUUUUCUAUGUUACAGGUACACACUGGUAGCCACCCAUGUGCAGUCACAGCUAUUUCAUGGUCUUUAGAUUAAGGAGGACCACAAGGACUAUUUUCUGUCUAUUUCUUAAAGAACAAAUCAUGGCUCUUAGCACCUUGGCCACACGUGCUCUCGCUGAUGCUAUUCCCCAGUUGAUGUGCUGGGAGAUGUUCUCAGCUGCUUUGGAAACCUUUGUCCUGGGCUGUGUGGAGCCUCCAGUGGCUGAGUUAAGGCUUCGGGUCUGAUUGAAGCGCAGUCUGUUUUGCUGUCUCAAUGGGGAUGCAGUGUUCUGGUUUUCUCCUUAGGUCCCAUGCCCUGAGUUGAUGCUAAUCUUAGAGGCGUAGUGAAGCAUCUUCACAGCGUGACUUCGGUCAGCUUCUCUGCCCCAGAGAACCUCCUCAGGCGUCAGUAGUGGUCUGGAUCACUUUCAUAUUGCCUUAUUUACUGAGCACUUUGAAAGCAUCAGACAGCUGUACCAAAAGCCGUGUUGUGAAUUCCUGGAGUGCUGUUGCUGAGUGGCAGUCAGGUUUCCCUUUUGCUGGAGCAUUUAGUGGCAGAACAGUGGCUCUGUCUCCUGCAGAACAGCCGUCAGCUGGAGCUGGUUAACUCUGCACCUGCUCUAUCUCCUAGACACUCUCUGGUGUUGAGCAGUGCUUUAAUGGGACGUGGCUCCGGGCAGCCUGGUCUGGUGGUUGGUGACCCUGCCCACAGCACAGGGCUUGUAACUGGAUGAUCUUUGAGGGUCUUUUCAAGCCAGACCAUUCUAUGGUUCUGUUCUACAGUCAGGUAGGUGACGGUGUUAGUGAGCAGCUCGGUGUCUGUGCAUUGCUCAAACUGACCCUCACAUGUGUUUGCUGUCUGCCUGAGCUUCCCUCCCUGCUCAGGUCUGGGUCCAACAGCCGCCAUGCUGAGGCCUCUGGAAACAACCACAUCCUCCCCAUCCUCAGAGAUGAGCUGAGGGCACCCCUGGAGCUCUGCAGGCUGCUGCAGGUCAUACAUGGCGCUGGCACCCCGCUGUUGGCAUCCUGCUGCUGUUUGCUCUCCCCACGAGGUCGUUCUUUCUACCUCGUGUCAUUUUGCCUGUUCAAAUCCCUCUCCAACAACUUUCUUCUCUCCUCCUCCCACGCUCUAGCAAAGCCCAUGAGCUUGUUGGCAGGAAUGUGAGCCUCCGCUCCGUCCAGUGCAGUCCCCUCCAGCUCUGCCUGGUGUGUGUCCAGGUUUCUUUCCUAGAGUAAUUAAUGGGGGUCAGGCAUUGAGCUGCUGGAUGGUGCCAGUGCUGUGCUUCUCUCCUUCUGCUCUUGGGCAGGGUAAAGGGAAGGCUGAGGGUGUUGCCCAGUGUGUGAUGCUCAGACAUCUGUAUUCAUGCAAGCAGGUCAGAAGUCUUGAUGCCAACGCAAGCAGUUAUGAUCGGGGCUGGGAAAGGUCACCCACAGGUAGUAAAGACAGCACUACAAAAUGGUGAUAAAGAGGGAAAAUUGCCUCCUGCCCACCCCGUCCCCACCAUGCUCUGGUGCUCCCGAUCUCUGCCACAAAUCCUCUUACGGUGAGUGAGAAUUUCCGCUGCUCCUGCACUGCAGGCAGGAUUCACCAGAUGUUAAUAAUGUGCUUAUUUUCUCUAAGUGCUAUUUUGGCAUCGGUGUUAAUUACAAUUUAUAUUCUGCAACAUUUACACUGGGAAAAGAACCCACCCUAAUAGUCCCCAAUUGGCAGAGUUGGGCUAUUAAGCAUCGCACCAUAUGUUCUGAGCAGAGCAAUGCAUGGGGCUCAGAGCCCACUCGGUGCUGAGACUCCGUUGUGCAGCAUUGGAGCAGGAGGGAAUGGCGGCAUUGCCGUUCUGUUGGUGGCUUUUAUUUAACACCAAAUCCCUCCCUUUUCCUCUGGUCUCUGUCUCCAUCUCUCCAGAAAUAUCCCCCCUCUCCCCAUAGGCACCCAGUGGGGUGAUCUCAGCCUGUUGAAGCUGCCUUCCAUGAGCUGAAAUGGAUGGAUUCCAUUACAGAAGGAGCUCUCCUUGUAGGCUCUGCCUCUCUGGGCUGCCCGGUCCCCGCUGGUGUUUUUUGUGCUGCGCUCCAAGUCUGACCCAGCACCUCUGGGGCUGUGGGAGAAACCUGUGCAACCCAACAUUGAGCAGGAGCCUGUGCAGCUCUGGGAGGAGGCUGUGGGACAAGCAGCAGCAGUGGGGAAAGCAACAGUUGUCUGUUCUGCUCGUGCUUCCUUCGGGCAUCAUGCAGGGCCGUGAGGUUCCCUUACUGGGAGGAGAGCACAGGUCAGGAUGCUGAUGCCCUGCUUGCGUUAAUCCCCAGGGUGUCUGUGCAGCAGGGUCUGUCCCCUCAGCUCUUUGGGGGCUCUUUGGGACCCCAACCCCUGGCUGGGCACUGCAGGAUGAAGGAUGUUCCCCGUGGAUCUCCCGCUCCUUGGCAAUGCGCCGUGCUGGCAGAACCAUUUCCAUAGAAACCAGUUGGGUGUUGUACAGGGAAUGAUGAUGAGCAGCGAAGGGACGCUGCCUCGGACCCUGUUUCUUUUAGGGGGCAGUGAGGGGCAGAGCAGCCCCCAGCCUCACAGAUACCCCCAGCUGUUACUGCCCGGGGGGUUUCCUCCCCCCUCCCCUCAGCUUUCGUCACAUUUUCAAGAUGGCCAACCCGGUUAGGAAUAACCAUCAUCAUAAAGAAGGAUGGAUGGGCUCUGACUAUGAACACUGUUGCUGUUAGCAGCAGGAUGUCAGCCAUAAAACACGAAGCAAGGGAGGCAUUGACCUUUCCGCUGCUUGAAAUGAAUGGAGACAUCAAUAUCCGUUGUUUGGUGGCUCUGACCUCUGACGUGCUCCGUUCUCCCUUCACUGCUGUCUUAUUCUUAGCACUCCCCUCUGCUCUUUAGGAGGAGGGUCGGUACUUCCAUCUCCUGACCCCCACCUCACUCAGCAUCAGGGGACACAGAGCAGCAUGCGGAGGUGCCGGUGCUGUGUGCUGAGCCCCACUCCUACCCCGCAUCCCCCCCUUCCCUAUGCAAAGCUCUGAGCUCUGAAGGAAGGCAGAUCAAUACGCGUUUAAUUACGAUGGGCUUUUUAUUCUAGUUUUGAAGCGGUGAAGUGUAACGUUUUAUGUGAGCGCCAUCGGAGCCGGGCUGCCCGGUGCCUUGUUUUAUUUAUUGCUUGAAAGGAGCCCCUUCUAUUGUGAACUUCAUCUCCUCGCAGCAGCCAACGUGAAAUCAGGCAUUGCUAAUGAGCUGCGUGACAAUUAAGUAAUGUAGCACACAACCAUUAGGACGCUGCUUUUGGUUUUGAUGUUGGUCCUUUGAAGCGGAGCUGCAGCUCCCUGCCCAAGGCUGACAAGAAAAUGGUGCUCUUUCAAAACUUACUUUGAAUAUAAAAUGUCAGCGUAAGAGUCCCCGAUUCCUGGCACCCCUCGCUGUGAGCAGCAGGGGGGAUGCGGGUGCUGCUAGUGCAGCUGCUGGCAUUGGUGGGAAGGGGGAUUGGGAGAGCAGGGUGUGGGUGCUUGGUGUGCAGAGCUGCUGGUUGGAUGCCUGGGAGGGAAGGAGCUGCCCCACAGCUGGGGGGUGCAGGGAAGGCUGCGCUGCUGGGCUCAGAGCUCUGUGUCUGUGCGCUCAUCUGAUGCUCGUGUUUGCACCUGGUCCCGUGUUCUCGUAGUGAGUCCAAUUCUGAAUGUGCAACUUUCCUGUACGCAGUGGCAUGUGAAACUUCAAAUAAAGAGUGAGUCUGUUCUGAA